AUGUCGUCGGGCUCGAAUUCUGGCUCCAUCGCGGGCGAAACGUCGCCACGCAAGAAACGGCGUUUCACCGACGGAGGGCUCGCGGAUACACUGAAAAUUGAGGAUUACCUCUACAGUAUCGACGCGCACCGAGCCACUACGGCACCCUUUCCCUUGCCGUUCCCGCUAAAGCGGGAAUCUGCCCCCGGCGUCUUGCGAGACCAGUUUUGGGCAAACCGGGACGCCUUCAAAGAGAUCUUGGCCAAGGAAGGCUUCAAUGACAAUCGUGACCUGUUUCCCGUCAACGUGUCAAAGCCUGGCUACCUGGGAGGCCAUCCCCCCGCCCGACUGUCAUGGUUGAAUCUCGCGCCAUUACGGGACCAUCUAAAACGGUUCCUUGUCGCCAAAGAAAUUUCAGCCGAUGUCGAGGUUGUCAAUGUCGACUACUGUUACCAGCCGGGUUGGUUCGCUAUCUCACCAUCCCACCCGGCCGUCGACGUUUACAAAAAAAUCAAACCCCGGCUGCUGCAGCGGCUCCGCACGGAGAUUCCUUUCGACUGGACAUCCCUCACCCUCGUUCUUCUCGGUCGAGAGCGGCUCACUGCCUCGCCGAGCAUCAUCAUCACCGUCAACCAGCAGAGUUCCCAUAGCUGGUUUGACCUAGUGAACUGGGUUCGCUCAUUGAUCUCUGAGAACAGUCCGUCCGGCCUUUCUAUCAAGGUUGACUUUAUCCCGGGGCGCUUCGAUUCAUCCCCAGAGCGCUCCACUUCGUCGCAAGACGAAUACACGGCUGAUGGGCGUUCCCAGUUCCGGUCGUGUGGGACUGACGGGCUUUCUCACCUUGGCUUAUCGAUUGGCGAGUCAGGCCAAACAAGAGCAGGCACAAUGGGGGCAUUGGUGAUGGUUACCCAUAACGGCCAGACCUACAAGUGUGGUAUCACUAACCACCACGUUGUGCAACCCACAGUCUCAAAGAACGACGUCGACAGACGCGCAAACCAGUUCGGUGUGCCGAUUUCCAACUUCGACAAGUUGAGCUCCCGCAUGGAAUUCUUUGCCUCCAUGGAUGUUGCAGCGACUCGCCGCCUCGUUGAUGCAGACUUGGCAGAAGCUAUUGUGGAGCUCGAGAACUUGGAGGAAACGGCGCUCGGGGCCGAGCUGAAGCACGGAGAGGUAGCCCAGAGCAUCCAAUACAGGUUGGAGAUUGCGAAAGACGACCAUGCACGCCUUACCGAGCAGCGUGACUUUCUCUCGCAAUUACCGCGACCCUUGGGUAACGUUCUCUGCUCAAGCGGUCAAGGAGUCUGGGGUGGCCGCGUACAAGACUGGGCCCUGAUCGAACUGGGGGAAGAGUCUCUCGCUUCGAUGGCACCGACAAUUGACAUGGGUGAAAUCUGGCGUUUGAUAGACAAGGGGUCACCUACCCCUCGCCUGAACCUCGCAGUUAUCGAUAGAGACGCAAACCGGAACAGCUUCCCGGAAAAACGGUUCAGCAAAAUCGUUCCGGGGAAGUGGUACACUCGUAUUGGGCGGUCUUCGGUGAAAUCAGGAAUCGCCAAUGGUGUCCAUGUCUGUUUAAAUUGGGCUGGGAAUGACAACAUCCAAUACGAUCUAUCGGGCGCCCAAGUUGCUAUGGACCAAAGCGAUACUGAGGAACAUUUGAUCAUCGCACAGACCGAUGAAACUUCGCCCAUGUCAAUUAAGUUUGGCGAUCCUGGGGAUUCUGGGUCUGUGGUCCUCGAUGAAUUCGGGACCAUCUGCGGGCUUUACUACGGAAAUGUCACACGUUGGGCGGGACCCGACCACGAGAUUGAGGGAAAUGCUGGUCUGGCGAUGUCCAUGGACGACCUCGAGGAGGGGGGUGAAAAGGAAAUUUGGUCAAGAUAUUGUCUUGAGUCCUGCCUACUAAAGACACCUUGA